UAGGAAGAUCUUUCUACCACUCUCUCUUAUAUUUUCUUCAACUAAAACAAAACAGCAUAUUCACUCUUUAACUCAUUGUUGCUUCUCUUCAAGUCAUUCUCUUAUUUUUUUUCCCAACAUGAAAGGAAUGGAUAUUUUCUGUUCAACUCCUGCUUCUACAGCCGUCUGCUCUAGCAUGGUGAACCACCGUUCCAUCCGCCGUAGCCAUAGCUCAAAACCUUAUGCUCCUUGUUCGUCACAAUUGCCCAUAAUUCCCCGGCCUUAUCACGAGAAGAGCAGAAAGAGUUCGGCUAAGCAAAGUGAUUUACAUAGAAAAAGCUCAACUGAUAUAAGUGAUCUGAACAGUACUCAUGGUUCGUCUCGAUAUCUCCUAAGUGAUAAACCUUUUAUUGACUGGCUAUCGGAGUCUGAUCGUGUCUCGGCAUUGGUUCCUGCUGAUCAGUCUGCAAAGUCUCGGCACGUAAGUUCAAACGAGUCUCUUGCUUUAAUUAAGUCCUCUUCAACAACUAAGUCCCCUCAGCAGGUUGUGGUUUUGAGGGUGUCAAUUCAUUGCAAGGGCUGUGAAGGAAAAGUGAGAAAACAUAUCUCAAAAAUGGAAGGAGUGACAUCAUUCAGUAUAGAUUUGGAGACAAAGAAGGUGACGAUCAUCGGGAACGUUACCCCUUUAGGCGUGCUUGCCAGUGUUUCAAGGGUGAAGAGCGCACAGCUUUGGCCAACUUCAACAACAUCAUCAUCGCCAUCUUCAAAUUCGCCUGUGGUCAACAUGAGUUACUGAUGAUGAUGAUAUAAAAAAGAAUUAAUAAAAGUAGCUGGCUAGGGUUUCUUUUCUUUUCUUCUAUUUUCUUUGAUUAGUUAAUUAAUGAGCUAGUGUGAAGUACCUGUGUCUGUGUGUGUGUCUGUGUAUUUACAGUUUGUGUGAUUAGACCGAUGCUUAAACAACUUAUUAAUAUUAGUAAUGUCCAAUAUGUAAUGUAAAUGUGUAAACUGUUUUAAGGGAUUGGAAUCUCCAUAUUAAUUUGUUGUUUAAUUGCUCAAAAGAAGAGUAAAAGAGUUUAAU